GCACAAGAGAGAUACUGCCAAAGCAAGGGGCAUUGUGUUAGUUGUGUAUAACAGAUUGGUAAUAUAUAUAGUAACGUUAAUGAUACAAAAUAGGAGUCUGACAUUAAUGCUAAAAGCCAAGUUAAUUCACGUGUAAUUGUGGUUAUAGCACAUAGACAUUUGAUCAGGCGCUUUAGCUAGCUGUUAGCUAGCUAGGCUAGUAUUAGGACCUACGCUGUUACAGCGGUCUACUCACACGACCGCGUUAGCAACAGCAGCAAGAGGAGCUACACCACGGAGUGCUAAACGUUUGCUGCAGAAAAACUAGCAACAAAUAUCAACAUAAGUGUCUAAGUGCCCUGGAGUGGAGAGGGACCUGCAAUGUUGAACCCGACCAAUGGCGACCCCAGCCACGUUGUUGUGAAUUAUGUCGAGGAGUAUUUGGAUUUGGUGGAGUCACUACCUUUUGACUUGCAGAGAAGUGUGUCCAUUAUGAAGGAAAUUGAUGCCAAGUAUCAAGAUGUUCUGAAGGAGCUUGAUGAUGCUUAUGAACGGUAUCGCCGGGAAUCUGACUCGCUUCAGAGGCGAAAGCUUCAGUUAACCAUUCAGAGAGCGCUGAUUCGCAGUCAAGAGCUCGGAGAUGAGAAGAUACAGAUUGCUGGUCAAAUGGUGGAGUUGGUUGAGAAUCGAACACGACAAAUAGACUGGCAUUCUGAACUUCUCCUUUCCUCUCAAGAAGUCCCCGAGAGUCACGUUCCCACAGCAACAUCCAUCACAACCACUGCAUCAUCCACGAUGUCAUCCUCAUCAUCAUCAGCCACCGUUACUCCAGGCAAAACUGGCCACCACGACAAGAAGCGUGAUGAGGUUACCCCAGGCUCAGGCUGUGGAGACAAGGCUGGAGGGAAACGCUCCCGGCGACAGAAAAAUGGAGAAAGUCGGGAAAGUUACGGGGGUCUGGAUCACACCGAGGAAGCAGGAGUGGGGGCAUCCCGGGAAAAGAGAGCCAAAACAUCUUCGAAGAAGAAGAAAAGGUCAAAAGGAAAGUCUGAGAGAGAAGUGUCGCCCCCAGAUCUGCCCAUCGAUCCAGAUGAGCCAACGUACUGCCUGUGUGAGCAGGUAUCAUAUGGCGAGAUGAUUGGCUGUGAUAACGAUGAAUGUCCUAUUGAGUGGUUUCAUUUCUCCUGUGUUGGGCUUCACCAUAAGCCCAAGGGAAAGUGGUACUGUCCCAAGUGUAGGGGUGAGAAUGAGAAGACCAUGGACAAGACUUUAGAGAGGGCCAAGAAGGAGAGGGCAUACAACAGGUAGCUUGCUCUGUCUGGCCCAAUGAACACUAUUGUGUAAAAAAUAAUUUUAUUUCUUUGUUUCCAUUUACUGUCUACACUGUUUAAAAAAGUAAUGAAUUGCUAGGGAAAUAGUUAUUUUUGUAACCGCUGCAUGGCUGAUAAACAAGAUUGCGGUCUUCUGGUUGAGAUUAUUUGUAAAGAAUGAACACAGUACAGUACAACCUGCAUGUAACUUACAUCCCUUCUGUUUUCAUCAUGCAUGCAACAUCACCCAAUGCUUUAUAUGUGCUCAAUUAACAAAUAAAACUUUUCUAA